CAAUCAUUGGUUCGCUUAAAUAAAGUGUCAACAGCCUCCAAGGUUAGAGUUAGCCAGGGAGAGCGAUCAUGGCAAAAUACAGCAACUGUAGGUUCGUGAUAGGUGGUCGGGAUCCUGCAUUGAAACCAGUCGUUAAGGACCGGAGCAAAACAGCCAAGCAGCUUAAAUGGUUUUUGCUGAUGAAGGCGAAUAGGGCCAUCUCCUCAGUGGCCUUUGUUGGAAAUGUUCUUUGCACGAUGGUGAGUAGUAUCAAGAAGAGAUUGCUAUUUGGUCAAAGAGAGAGUGAUGAGACUGUGAAAUUAGACAAAAGUAAGUUUCUCUUCAGACUUAUCCUAGCAUUCCUGGUGGUGGCUUUGAUUGCUCUAGCAAUUGAACCAGUUGCCCACUUCAAAGGGUGGAAUAACUUCUUGAGUGCUGGUUUGUUCGUGAAUCAAACUUCGGAGAUCAGAGCAUGGUUUCACAGGGUCUAUGCUUCGUGGUUGGAGUUGCGUGCUGAAUCUAUUGUGCCUUUAGCUCAAGCUCUCUGUAGAUUCUAUAUAGCACUCUUCUUGAUGCAGUCAGUGGACCGUACGGUGCUGUGUCUUGGUUGCUUAUGGAUUAAGUACAAAGGGAUCAAGCCAAAUAUCAGAGAAGAUCCAUUCAGGUCAGACCAUUUGGAAGUUCCUGAGUAUGACCACCCAAUGGUUCUUGUUCAGAUUCCUAUGUAUAAUGAGAGAGAGGUAUACCAGCAUUCCAUCACAGCAGCCUGCCAACUCAAUUGGCCUCAAGAUCGGCUGCUUAUUCAAAUUCUGGACGACUCUGACGAUGAGAGCAUACAGAGGCUAAUCAAGAGAGAGGUUUCGCAGUGGAGCCAAAAAGGUGUGAGCAUUAUAUAUAGGCAUAGAGAGGUUAGAACUGGAUAUAAGGCUGGGAACCUCAAAUCUGCCAUGGACUGUGAUUACGUGAAACAGUAUGAGUUCGUUGCGAUCUUUGAUGCCGAUUUUAUGCCAAAACCAGACUUUCUCAUGAAGACGGUCCCUCAUUUUAAGGAUAAUCCUAAGCUAGGGUUGGUUCAAGCAAGGUGGAUAUUCAUAAAUAAGGAUGAGAACUUGCUGACGCAAAUGCAGAACGUUGAUAGGUGCUUCCACUUUGAAGUGGAGCAGGAGGUUAACGGGGCGAUCCUUAAUUUCUUCGGUUUUAAUGGUACUGCUGGUGUUUGGAGGAUUGAAACACUUCAAGACUCUGGAGAUUGGCUCGAGAGGACAACUGUAGAGGAUAUGGAUAUAGCGGUCCGUGCCCAUCUCAAAGGUUGGAAGUUCAUCUUCCUUAACGAUGUGAAGGUGCUCUGUGAGCUUCCUGAAUCUUAUGAAGCUUAUAGAAAGCAGCAACACCGAUGGCACUCGGGUCCAUGCGAUCUCUUUCGCUUGUGCCUUCCAUCGAUCAUAACUUCCCAGAUCACUUUCUGGAAGAAAGCAAACCUGAUAUUCCUAUUCUUCCUUCUAAGGAAGCUUAUAGUUCCAUUCUAUACCCUCACAUUCUUGUGCGUGAUUCUUCCUAUGGCCACGUUCGUCCCUGAAGCCAAUCUACCGGCGUGGGUGAUUUAUUAUUGGCCCCUAAUAAUGUUGAUAUUGAACAUUUUCCUCGACCCCAGAUCCACCCCUUUUGUAGUCCCUUACAUUCUUUUUGAGAACACAAUGUCCUUAGCCAAAUUCAGUGCGGCAAUUUCAGGGUUGCUACAGCUGAGUAGUUCACGCGAGUGGAUUGUCACAAAAAAAACAGGCCGCUUGGCAGAUUGUGCUGAAAUGAACAAAACCGGUGAAACCUGCAAAGGAGCAUCUGAUGAGGAGCUCACCAAGCUCAACAAACGAAAGGAAGGUCCAGUGGAACUUGCCAAAACUCGGAAGAAAACAAGCAAGAUAUACAAAAAAGAGCUUGCAGUGGCUUUCUUACUACUGACUGCCGCAGUUCGGAGUCUCCAAUUGGCCAGAAAACUGCAUUUCUGUUUCCUCUUACUCCAAGGCAUCACAUUCCUCAUUGUCGGUCUUGGUCUAAUUGGGGAGUAAUGAGCUCUUCUUGGUUAAAAAGACUUAUCUAGAAUCAUUGAUAGGGGGCGGUAUCGAACUUGGUUAGCUUCUGUAAAGCCAGUGCAAACUGUCAUUUUAUUGCUUAUUCAAUGUUAUUGUUGGAGCCACAAGCAAAUUGCCAACCGGCUAUGUUGA